AUGUCGGUCGACACAGAGCCUCGCGCAUCUCGCGCCAACGCACAGUCCUCUCCUACCUUCCGCCAAACCGGUUUCGCGGUCCCGACGGCUUCUGCGCCCGCAACCAACGAUGUCAAUGCUGUUGCCGUGGCUCAACAGGUGGUGUCGCCGAAAGUGCGAUCCUCCAACUCGAGUCUCAACGCUGCUCUUCAUGCGAGAACAGCUGCACUCUCCAAGGCUGGUCUCACAGACGACGGAGAUGCCGAUAUGGCCGAGGCCCUGCCCAUUCCCGGCUCCAUCGCCAAGCUGGACCCGGUCGCCAUGAACUCGCACGCCUCGCGUUCACCCAACGACCUCCCCACGCCACCCGAUGUGCCUUCGGUCGCGUCGCACAAAGCCUCUCAGUCUCCUCACAGUGCCACCGUGCGAUUGCCACCGCUCAACGCCAGCAUGCUCUCGCCACGCUACUCGACCUUGCAAGGCUCCAGCAUCUCGAGCGGUCCCACUUCCGUCACGUCCAGCAACUGGUCCCCGAGCAGGAGCACCGACCCGCACCUUUACUCGAUCUCGGCUGGCAGAAAGUACAGCUACACCGCCUUCAACAAGCCUUCGCUCAGCACCUCGUUCAAGACAUCGGCCAUGCGCAUGCGCGGCAACCAUCUCGACGAUGACGAAGACGAAGAGGAUGACAGCUUCGGCAAGCCCAUGCCAAGAUACGCACGAGGCUCCACCGCCGCAACCGAUCGCGCCACCGCAGAGUCAGGCAUCGAGCUCGACGGAGACGAGGUCUUUGCCUUUUCGAGUCCCUGCUUCGGUCCCAAGGAGCUGCCGGAUGAUGGCGUCCCUUCGCCCGAGCUUCACGAGGCCAUGCCUCCUUCCAAGGCGGCUGCAAACCCCAGUGCCAUCAUGAGCCCCAGCUGGGCCACCGCCUCGCUCGGAAAGCUCUCGCUUGGCGGCAACGAAGCCAGAGCGUCUCCGAGCUCCACCACUCCUCGCAGACCCUCACGUUCGCAGCACCACCACAGCAGCGGGGCACUCUCAUCGUCGGCAGACGUCGCUGCUGCUGCUAUGAAGCAGAGACGAUACUCGUACAACAAGCAUGGACGCCCUUCGUUUGCAUCUCCUGGCCCCAGCAGCUACACUUACUCCUCCAGCUUCGGUCGCGAUCACCCGUACGCGCGCACACCCACUUCCUCGAGCUUGACCACCACCCACCGCAAGGAGUCGAGGUCCAGAUCCAGAUCGCGUUACGGCGCCGAGGACGCGAGCAGUAGAUCCGCUGCCAUUGUCGACGACGAUGAGACGGACGAAGAGAUGCGCAUGGACGACGAUGAUGCCACCGAGGACGAGGCGGACUACGCAUACAGCGCCUCGUAUCAGGCCCGAAUGCGUCAGGGGCUCGUGCCGAGGGGCGAUGCGGCGCUCGGCAGCACGCCUUCGAGCUUUGGCGCCAAUCAGCCCAAUGCAAGCUUGGGUCUCACCUUCCAGAUGAGCCCAGGCAACCCUUCUACGCUCGCCAAAGGUCAUCCGCUCGACGCCAGCCGCUCGCCCAACAUGUCGAACUCCAACAUCGCGGUCAGCCUCAGCCGUCAGUACAGCUCGGACCGUCAAACUGCGACUAGCGGCCUCGCACCGCUUCGACACCAUCCCUAUGCCACCAGCCCAUCGGCCACCACCGGUCCGCUGAGUGCUUCCAUGGGUCUCGCUUACUCGCCAGGAUCCAACGCACCGCUUAACCGUCCAGCGCAUCGACGCGGAAGCAGCCUCAGCAACGGCCUGGCGGCUCCUGCUUACUCUGCGGGGGUCCUGUCGACCUCACCACGAUUUGGCAACGCUGCUGCUGCACGCAGUCCAGAAGAUGGCAGCGGCGACCGACUGAGCCAGUCGCCUUACGGUGUCAGUUCUGGUUCACCCUACGGUGCCGGUGCACGUGGUCUCAACGGGACAGGAGGCUACUACGGUCCUGCUCAGGGCGGCGCGUACAGCCAGUCGCCUCGCUACUCGCAGAGCUACGGUGCACGCAAGGAGUCCGGUGCUUAUGCCUCGACGCUCGCAUCGCACUUUGAGGGCCACGAGCGAUCCGAGAGCAUGGCGAGCGAAGCGACCGAGAUGGGCGAUGCAGCUCCGACGACCAUGCGCAAAGCUUCGCUCAGUGGCAAGGCAGCCGCGGCAGGCGCACGCGCCACCAGCAACACCAGCGCCACCGGCAACACGGACGAGACGGCACAGGUAGCCGCGAUCCGCGACAGGCUCGGCGGCGCCGCCAGCUGCUCGGCCUUCAUCUCCAAGCUGUGGCACCUCAUGAUCAACCCGGAGCAGUACAGCAGGUACAUCCGUUGGGACGAGGCGGGCACCUCGAUCAUUCUGUCGAGCGAGCCAGACGUCGCCAACGAGUUUGCCGCCGACGUGCUCCCUCGACUCUUCAAGCACGGCAACAAUGCCAGUUUCAUCCGCCAGCUCAACCUGUACGGUUUCCAACGCAUUCCAUCUUCGCGCUUGCUGGACGCAGCAGAGAUGAAGGUCGCUGCGGCCAAACGCGCCGAGUCGGGCGGCGGUGGAUCGUCGUCGACGCUCAACACGGCUGUGCAGCUGUACGGAGCGCACUCGAGCUUUGCGCAUCCCCGCUUCUUGCGCGGAAGGGAGGAGCUGCUACCUACGAUGAAGCCGAGAUCGAGCAAGAAACCCAAGAAGGCGUCGAACGGCGCGGGGCCCCGCUCGCUGGAGGCGGAUACCUCUUUGGGUGCUGAUGAGACCGAUGAGGAGGAUUUCGCUUUGUAA